UAACUUUCUCUUGGCUAUCUUUCGACGUGUGGGUCGUUUCUUUCCUUCCAGCUAGGAAGGCCAAUCGAACGGACUCCAGCCAUGGCCGAAUCCCAGCUCGUGUGCAUGGAGGACGGACACAUCGGCUUCCAGGUGCCGGAGUCGCGGCCGGAGUUCUACUACAGCGAGGAGCAGCGCGCCGCUGUCGAGGAACUCCUCAAGAACGGCGACGGCGCCUUCAAAAUGCGUCUCAAAGACGACAACAUGAAAGACUUUUUAUCCGCAAGAGAAGUUAAAAUAUUGAACAACAACUUUAAACACUAUGAUGAAACCGGCGAUGGUGACAGGGAGGGGGCGGCGGCGUCAUCCCCUUCGUCGGACUCAGGCGUUCACUCCACUUACUGGCCCCAAAUGUCUGAUACCGAAGUGCCGCCACUGGACAUCGGCUGGCCCAGUUGGGGUCUCUUCAAAGGGGUGACCCGGGUGGCGGUCCACACGCACCCACCCAAAGACAAUGGACCCCAUAUCAAGGAGGUAGUGCGCAGACUCAUCCAGGGGGCCAGCAAGGUAAUCGCAAUUGUGAUGGACCUGCUAACAGACCUGCAGAUACUGCAGGACCUGAUGGAUGCUGCCUGGCGUCGCUCCGUGCCCGUAUACAUCCUGCUGGACAACAAUGGCGUGCCGCACUUCCUGGACAUGUGUUCCCGGCUCCAGAUUGGCGCUCAGCACCUUCGGAACAUCCGGGCCAGGACACUCACGGGGGUGGGCUUCAAUUUAUCCUUUGGCAGACUUCCCGGCUCCAUGUGUUCCAAGUACAUGCUAGUGGACGGAGACAAGGUGGUCUUUGGAUCCUACAGUUUCUCAUGGUCCACAUCACGCAUGGAUCGCAACACCAUCACGGUGAUGACAGGCCAGGUGGUGGAGUUCUUUGACCAGGACUUUCGAGAGCUCUACGCCGUGUCGGAAAAGCUGGACCUAUUCCGUGAGUUCCAUGUGAGCCCGCCAGCCAACAUAAGCACCAGCGUGCGCUCGAAGGUGGGCCCCAAGCGCCCCCCGCUUCCCGCCACAACAUCCCGUUUCCAGGUCAGCCUUGGCGACGCGCGCAACGUCAACAUCGAGGUCCCCGCUCACAAGUACUACAACCCCAAGUACUUCCUCUUGUUCCCGGAUGCCCCGCAACCAGCAAGGUCCCUGCAAGGGCCCACUAGACCGUCUGAGCUCUUGCAGCUUAUGGAGCCCCCAGACCAGGUCACCAGUAGCGAGAAGUUGGACCGUCUCAACCCGUUACCGUCUGAACCCCCAGUGGAUUUCUUAAAGAAACCCAACGGAGCCCCGCAGGAGAAGAAGAAGCUAACGCUGAGGCAGAAGAUCACCAAAAGGUUGUCAGUCAGCAAGCUGUCCAUCAAUAGCGGGAGGUCAAGCCCUGCCCCAGCAGAACCCACAGGAUACUUGGGCAGCCAAGAUCACCUGGAGGUCAGGGUCAAGUCACCCUCCAACAAGCUCAAGCUUCUCAAGAGGCCGUCCGCGCUCGGACCCAGGGCGAACUCGGUGCAGACGGUCGAGGCCACUCAAGACAACAUUAGCUGGAGGAGUCAACGUCAAACCAAACAAGGCUGCAAUGUGUCCUGAGGUCUCAUUUUUGGAGGACGAUUUUAUUUUAAGUAAAUAUUUUAAACAGUUUACACGCACUAAAUUCACUUUUGUUAGCAUGUAAUGUGACUGAGUUAACACUCAGACAUGUCGCUGCUCACCAUUAUUGGCGCCGCUUCAUUGUUUGCAUAAUCUGUACAAAUCUUGGAAAUGUAUUACAUUUGUAGAAUCAAGAUCUUCUAAUUGAAGAUCCAAAGUAUUUUAGAAAACGGAAAUCACUAAUCUGAUUUAAGUUUACCUCCUUACUUACUUGAACUUCAUGGUGGGCAGGCAUAGACUUCAUAAUAUAUUGACGGGACACGGGGCACAGGGCCGAUUUAUAGGGGGCCUGCAUUGUUGGCGUGGCCGUCGAAGCUGACCAAGUGGAAUCACAGACAAAGACCUUUUUCCGUUGAAAAUUCUUGUGAAUAAAUGCUUGAAUCUCUCAAUUUUUUAUAGAUAUGGAUGUAAAACAGUCUCGAUUCUUGGUUAAAAGCAAAAA